UGAAGAAUAAACUACCAUUUUUCGCUGCUGCGUCCAACACCAAACCCUCCAAAGUCCAAACACACUCCGCUGCCUCCCCUCCCUUUUCCACUUCGGCUCCUUCUCCUCCUCCCUCUUCCAUCCACCGCGCCUCUUCCUCUGCUCCGCCGUGUCCAAUGGUACAAAAACCUUGUUUGCGAGAUGUCUGAGUGCUUGGGCCUCCAACUUGGAUGGUUGAAACGACAUCUUUAGAUUCAAAUAAGCCUUAGAAAUACAUUGAUUAUCAGCCUAAAAUCUUUUUCUGAGCGACAUCUUAUUUUAUAUUGAGAGCAAAAAGCAAUGCUUCCUCAGCGCAUGAAGAAAGCUGUCACUGAUAACCCAAAGAAGCUUGCCAACUUGAUUGACCUUGUCAACCUUCCAUCCUCUCUCAGAGACUUUGUAGGUCAAUCUCAGAUCUCUCGCUUGGGUUGCUUCAUGCGCGUUUGGUCCUACAUCAAAACCAAUAAUCUCCAGGAUCCAAACAACAAGAAUGUAGUCAACUGUGAUGAAAAGCUAAAAGGUAUUUUGCUGGGGAAACCUCGGGUUGAGCUAGCAGAACUCCCUGCGCUUAUCAAGCUGCAUUUUCCAAAAGAGCCCAAGUGAGGUCUACUGUAUAAAUCAAGGUUCCUGUUGUACUGUAAAGCACACGCAUACCUUCGUAUGAGUCGCUGGAUUGUUGAAUGCUGAAUAGUGAAUGCAUUUAUCAUAUUUGGAAUAGUCCAGCUUGAAAUGGUCAUCUUAUUCUUUUCAUGUCUUCCCAAUUUUGCAAUUAGGAAUCAUGUUUAUUAGAAUUUUGAUUAAUUGGUUCGUUUUCGUUGAAAGAUUACCCAUCAUUCCUCGUAGAAAUAAGCUGGAUAAAUUAUUAUUUAAUAUUUUA